UCCUCAUUCACUAGAAGAUGGCGGACUGCGCUCCACUAUUAGAUGAGGAACUCUCGUCCUUUGUCUUCAAUUACCUGACAGAAAACUCCGGCAGCCAGUAUGGGGAGGAGGAGGUGUGUUCGGACCGCUUGGACACUGACUUCCCGGACAUCGACCUCUCCCAGCUGGACACCAGCGACUUCGACAGCGUCAACUGUCUCAGCGAGUUGCAGUGGUGCAACGAUCAGCCAGCGGACGCAUCACCGGCCUCCAUCCACUACAGUACGGAGACAGAUGAGCUCUUCGAGAUAGAAGAGGAGCAUGCGGCUCUGCUCGCCGCACUCACCGACAGCCUGGACGGCAUGGUGGAUGCCGAGGUGGGCGGGCUCUCCGUCUUCCCCACCCUGGGGGAGGAGCCCGACCAGGAAGAGGAAGACGAGGACAAUCUUCCUCUCAGUGCGGAGGACUUCAGCCAGUCACUGGGGGCCGAAACAGAGGACCCAUCUCUACUGAAGAAACUGCUGCUGAGUCCUCCCAACGUGCCCGCGGGCAUCGAUGCACACAAAGAUGGUGUCAACGGGCAUCGCUACAGCAACAGAAGCUUGCACCUACGGCCAGUCAGACCUCUGGUUAAGAGUGACCUCCCUCAGGAGCGGAAGCCCCGAGCGGUGCGUCCGGCGGGCCGCCUGUGCACUGAGCUCCAUCGCCACCUCACCACCGCCCAGGACACAGAGGACACCGCUGCCCCCGACACAGAGGAGGACGAAGAGGAAGAAGAAGACGAGGACAGCGAGUCAGAGGAGGACGAAGAGGAGGAAGGCGAGGAAGAGGAGGAGGAAUCUUCCAGCAGCGAGGUGGAGGGAGUGGCGGUUGCGGCCCCUGAACCGGCUAAGCCUCAGUUCAGCUCGGAGAAAGAACUACACUCAGUGGUGGAGCUGAUCAAGUACAUGCAUACCUACUGCCUGCCCACGCGCAAGCAGCAGGGCUGGGAGCGGAAAGAGCGUGACCUCUCGAGGCCGCGGGCUCGACCCGAGGCCUCGCGCCCGGCCGCCACAAACUCUCACAGCAGAGUCGUCUUGGUGGCCGCUCCUGGGACCAGUGGGGGUUUGACUGGGACAGGCAACAGCGCCCCCAGGAGGCUCCCCUUCGCUAGGCGGAGGGAGAUGAAGGCCAACUCCCUCCUCCGUGAGCUCCUGCAGCAGAGCAGCUCGUACGAUGUGAGCAAGCCUUACAGACUGCACAGCCCACCCUACUCCCACUCCCACAGCCCCAACAGAGGAGGAGUAUAUAUUUCCUCUGCCCUGGGUAAAUCAGCCCGAGCCCAAUCCCCCACCUCCAACAACCCCAAACCUGAGCUACGUAAAGACUCUUCCUCCCCAGAGAGGAGAAACUACUCCUCCGAGGCUGUGCAAAGCCUCGAGGAGAUCGCAGAGGACGGCGGCUCCUUCUCCGUUCGGCGCUCCCGACGUCUGGCCUCCUUCCCCAGCCGAUUCGCCAAGAGGCAGCGGCCUGGACGGGCGAGGGAAGGCGAGGGGAGGGACAAGGAGGAGAGAGAGGAGGGACGAGCGGGAUUCAAACUCUUGCCAACCCAGGCCGGAGGGGGAACUACGACAGAGACGCAGCCAGAGCAGCCGACGACGGGCGACUGCAGCGCUGGAACAACGGAGCCGACCAAACCCUGCUGCCACAGCGAAAAGCGAGCCUGCCUCUGCCUGCCUCUGAAUCCCAAGUCCACAGGAGAGUCCCAGUACAGCACCAAGCCUUUUGAGCAGACGCUCAGUGUGGAUCUGUGUGGAACAGCAGGUCUCACUCCUCCCACCACCCCGCCUCACAAACCAGUGGAGGAUGAGCUCUUCAAGCCAGCAGAGGGAGGAAAAGGUGGUGGAGGAGCAGGCGGUGGCGAUGGUGGAGGCAGCGAGUGUGUCCACGCUGCCUCAAACACCAACACCAACACUGCCACCAAAGGCUCCUCCUGGCUCAGCCGCACCCACCACCAGCGGAAGCUUCCCGAGCAGACGGAGCUGUAUGCCCAACUACGGCGCAUGGGCCAGGCCGGUGACAGUGACACACACCGCAACUUCGGCGACCAUGACUACUGCGUACUGAGCCUCGGCGAGAGUCGCAAGCGUAGCGCCGCUAUGCUAGGCGCCAUGUUGCAGGCGCAGGGAGGGAGCGACGGUGUUAGCAGCCCGCCACCCAAAGUAGCCGAUGAUCAGGUAUCGGCGGAUGAAAAUGGGAAAGAGAACGGGGAGAGGCUGGUGAUGUCAGACGUCGCCGAACCCAAGCAGCAGACAGCGACAAUUUUGAUCCCAUCAUUGCCGCUGUCCAACUGCCAGUUGGUGGCUGCCACACCACCAGUCUCAGAGGAAGAGGCGGAGCGUUCGUCAGCGUCUCGCUCACCCUCGCCCAUCCUCCACCUGUGUCCCGACUCCCCCUCCAGCAAGACGGACUCCAGUGAGAACUCGGAGAUCGGUCCUGACGACAAGCAGAGGAACAAAGCCAAGUCUGACGAGGACAACUGCCAGGUGUUUUACAUCCACAACCUGCCAACCAGUGUGACCCAGAACAUGCUGAGGAAACGCUUCCAGGUUUUCGGCAAAGCAGAGGACUGCAAAGUCAUCAUCUGCAAUGAGGAGCGUUGCGGGGUGAUAAAGAUUCGCCAGGGGGGGGUUCAAAGACACUGGAGAGAACGGGAAACUGUUUUCCAGAAUGGACCUGCGGGCCUAAGGAGGCUGACAAGGAAACGCUACAUAGACCUUGAUGAGGCAGGUCCGGGUCCUGUCAAGAGCAAGUACGAUGCACUGGACUUUGACACUCUGCUGAAGGAGGCUCAGAAGUCCCUGCACCGCUGACAGCACAGCACCUCUGACUGGCCAGCCUUAGUAAACUGCAGCAACACCCCUCCGACAACACUGCUCUACCCUCAGACAGGCCUCUCAGUACCUCCAUGCAAGGCAACCUCGCAAGAUGUUUACAUUUUUACCAUUGGAAUAAAGUAACGAUAAGGACCUUGUUUUUUAAGUUUCUUUCACCGGAGGAUACUGCUUAAAAACGAGGAAGCCACUGGGAGUCCGGAGGAGUUAAGAGACAAUGGAGGAAAUAGGACUUAACAGCAAUGGUACAACAACUACAAACGAUAGUGAUACAGUUCUCUGCUGAACAACAAUAACAACAAAAGCUGCUUCCUGUCUGUGUUGGUGACAUCACUGCCCCGCCUUGGAAGAGCGGGCGUGAGAGACAUCUGUAGCAAAAUCCUUGCUAUCCUUGCGUUGCGUUGGUCCUCGUGGUGUGUUUCUCUGCGUGUGCGUGUUCUUUGUUCCGUUUGUUUUGUAAAAAAAAAGAAGAAAAAUAAAAGAACUUCCCUAUUUCUGGUCACGGGUGGUGAACCAUGCAAGCUGUGUUCACCAUUAAGUUGUGUGGUUGUAUAACCAGAAAAAAGAAAAAAAAAAAAAAACCUGCUUUGUUUUAGCGAAAAAUUGUGGAUGUUAUAAAUUUUAAAAAUCUAUUGUGUGUGUGUUAUGGACAAAGAAUAUAACAAAAAACAUUUAACGUAAUCAUUUGAUGACUGAUAAAGUUUACAAAUCUAAAAUGAAGAAGAAAAAAAUCAUGUUUUUUUCUUUUUUGUAAUUGUAGUGCUUCCUUGAUUUGAUCUAUGCACUGUAAGGAGGUAAAUGUCUCCGCUGUCCUCCACUUUCCCCCCUCUCUAAUCUGUAACUCUGCCAUGCCGACUAUUCUGGCUUCUGCUACUGGCUGCUGCAGGCUUCGUUUGGUAGGCGUGUUAUACAUAAAGACCUCGACUCGGAUCUGGGAAAAACUUCACCCCAAAAUAGUUUGAACUAAAAAAAUGGUUAUUGGAAAAGCACUUCUCUUGAAUGUUGCACAUACAAACUAGCUUUAAAAUUAGCUAAAAGAAGAUAACCGUUGACUUCCAUUUAUUCAGCUAGUCAUCAAACUUUCUAUUACGUGAGUUCACAAAUUUUAGGCUAAUGUUACAAAGGGUUUGGUUGCUAAGAAACGGGGUAAAAUUAGGGUUGGAGUAACAUAGGUUCAGUCUGUCCAUUAUGUUAGGAACUACUACCAAAUCAGUUUUUCCCCUAAAAUAAAAAAGUUAGCACCUACAUUUUUAAUCCUAGACAGAUUUUUUUCCACAUCCACUGGGGUCUUGAUGUAUAUUUGAUAGGGUCCCACUGAACAUGUGUCCCAUAAAGGCUGCAGCCUGAUGACACCCCUCGAAUGCCACACCCAAUGCAAUAGUUACUGUUUACAUUUGGACCGCAGCAAGCAGGACUGAAAUGGGGAAAAGCAGAUGGUAGCCAUUGGCACUUUUACACCAUAUACUUGGUUCAUGAAUGAACUCAACACAUCCACAGUUUGUCAUGACUAUCCCAAUCCAAUCUUCUUUCAUAUACCAGUUACUACUUAGCAAAGAACUGUAAAUAUAUAUCUUAAAAUAUUUGAAUCAUCCAGAAGUCAGUUUUUUUACUUGGCAUUAUUGCUUGAUGUUGGGCUUUGAAAAAAGGACAAUUAGACCAAUCUGCUCCCCGUAAUCCAGUCAUGCAACAUUGCCAUAGCUAGACGUAGGCAAAUCUGUUGGUUCAAAUGGAAUGUAUUCAAGAAUCUGAAUGUAAUAAUCAUGUUUUCCCCAUUUCUGCUUGCCCAAAGAUUGUGGAGCUUUUUGGUGCUUUAAAAAAAAAAAGAAAAAAGAAGAAGGUAGACUUGUUUAGUCAUCCAGCUGACUGCAUGUGACCGAUUCUGGCUUGGAGCGCAGUCCGGUUGGAGCCUAAUUUAACGUUCCUGAUGCAGCCAGUAGCACAACACCACCGUGAAAAGGGAGAGAGCCUCCAUGCCUGCCAAUCCUGUGGCACCAAAUCGCCACCUACAACACAGCCAGGGAACGAGCGAGGGAUGGGCUUGAAAGAAGCUUAAAAAGAGCAAUCGGCCAAGAAUCAAAUUUCUUGUCUGGGAGGUACUGUAUCAGCCGAGCAUCUCUACCUCACAUCUAUCAUCUCCGCUCUCCCUGUCUUUUUAUUUCCUCUUUUUACUGGAUGCUCUCCCCCUCCUCUUUUGUAAGUCCCGCACUCUUUGUCUUGUUUUUUCUGUCCAGUCCAUCCUCACAAGAAAAACGACAGUCUAAAAAAAUCACGUCUAAAAUUCAAGCCGGCAAAAAACAACCUAUAGCUACGCCAUCUAGUGGCCGUAAUAAUUAUAACCCAAGAAAAUGAUGCAGUUGACAUCGAUAUAAAGUGACUUGAUAAGAUGAUUUUGCCUUUAUAAAGAGGAGGCAUGUUGGAAACCAUUGUUGGCUAUUUAAAAAAACAUAAUGUUAUGGUGUUAACUGUUACCAUGACGACGAGGUAGUAGUAACUUUAACUCACACCAUGUAUCACGUGAUAAAUUUAACCCAAAUCAUAAUCUUACUGGUUUUUGUGCCUAAACCUAACCACAGUACUGUCACAUUAUUAAACAUCAUUAUUUUGUGACUAUGAUUCGUUACAGUUUUCGAUAGUGGCAGAUUACGGUUCUUCGGAUCCGUAAGUGGCGGCUAAAUGGCAUAAACGUAACUAUGGGUUAUUUUUUGCUGGGUGAAUUUAAGACCUAUACUGUUGUUUAAUUAUGAGGAUACACUGUUUUUAUCAGAAACGUUGUGUGUGAGAGUUUUCCCCAACAGAUGGUUGGUUAUGAGUACUUUUGGGGGUUUGCGUUUGUUUUUUUUUUAUACAAUGACUCCUACCACAAAACCCCUUGUGAGGGGAAUAAUCUCUCUUUCUCUUCUCUCUCUUUCCUUCGCUUGCCUCAUAACGGUUUUUAGCGUGUCCGUUUCUUAGAGUCUCGACAGUGUGUCCUUGUGUAUCUGCGUGUUUUGUCUUUGUCUCGUGUUUGAGUCGGACACUGCUUACGCUUGCGGGUCGGUGAGGAAGGGUUGGGAGAGGUUGAACAUUGACUUGGGUGGUGGGUUAGUCCUUGAGUGUGCUGGGAGGGGGGAAGAUUUCCAGUCUUCUCCUCUCCUGCCCCUUGUUAUCUUUUAUUCAGGGACGUACCAUACCUCCUGAUUUCACUGCUUCACCUUUCCUUGCCUAGGAAAAUGAAACGUAGCCCGACUAGCUCUAUCUUUAACUCUAUCGCUUCCUGUCUCUCUGUGGGUUCAAGGCCUUGUUUCCAGGUCUUCCCAAAACCCCCGGUAAACUCCCCCCACUUUUUAAAACACAUAAUCCCUCCUUUCCCAAAACUCUUCCUUGUCCUUUCCUCUAUCUAAUCAACUCCUUGGUAACACACAAAAAAUUGAAUGUUUACAUCACUCGAUUCUCCUUUGACUUUAUUAGGAACGCACACUAAGUACAAACGCGCCUUAUUCAGUGUUUAAAAAGGAAAAAAAAAAACAACAAAAAAAAAAAAAACACGGAAAGUGACCUAGAAGGACGACCUCCUCCAGGUUCACUGAUGUCCAAAACUAACAAAAACAAUUUAGUGCUAUACAUACUGAUUGAGGAACAAGGUGUCGACAUUCAAAAAAAAAAUUUAAAAAAAAGAAAUUUUAACAAACUAAUCACGAAACAACUGAAUGAGUAUUUUGUGCUUAGUAUGUAUACUACUAAAAAGUGAGAGAAUGUGCUGGUUUACAUAUUAAAAAAAGAAAAUAUAUUAUAAUAUAUGAAUAUAUAAUGUGUAUAUAGCACUAUGCCUCGUUGUAAACAUAAAAUGUAUUGUGUGUUUUUUUGUUCUUUUUUUUUUUAGUUUUUUUUUUUUAAAGGUGGCGGGUCACAGUCGAUUGCUAAUCAGACAGGAGAAGGUCAGGUCGGUUUUGUUCCAGUGAGUUAAUGUUUGUUCAGUACAGGGAGGAAAUGAAGGGAAAAAUUACAUUGAAAUGACUUCACACAAAGUCCAACACUGUUGUAAAAGACAGAUAUCCCUUUAGACUAUCACACUAGAAAGUUCUAUUUCUUUGCCGUUUAUGAAAUGACUAAAUAUUUUUUGAUGAUUUUUUUUUUUCUGUUUUCUUGAAAAAGCAAUUUGAGAUGCAAUACAUAAUAAUAAUCUUUUAAGACAGCCUUUCCAGAAAAACUGAGGUAAUAAUGUAUAGUGUAUGGUUGGUUGUUGAACCAGAACACGGGCAAUCUUUGAGCUGCAGAUUCAAUAGGCUACUGUACUGUAUGUAGACUGCUGUUAAAACACAAAAAAAAAUCAUAAAAACAAACUACAGGAAGAAUGUGGUCAGUUGUGUCGUAAACACAUAACAUGUAUACAAAAUAAAUUGUACUAAUAUACUCUUGCACAAGUAACGUCCCAAGUAGUGAAAUACCUUCACAAUAAUUUCCUCUAAUUGAAAGGAAGCUGUUGUAACUCUAUUAUUACCACAUGUUGAUGGUGCACAGGUUUGGUCAAAUCUGAGUCGCAUUGGACACUUACUUGUAUUACAGUAACCGCUAAUAGCUAAACAUGUAUGACUCUGGUAAAGGAAUGUGGGAAGGAGGAAAAGGAAAAAAAGAAAAAAAGAAAGGAAGUUGUCAAUGGUUUGACCCCGUUAAAUAAUUUCUGAACUAAUAGAUACAAAUGUAGACACUGUAGAAAUUUCAACCACUUGCACUUCUACGUCAUCUUCAUGCCAAAAGAGAAUCAUUAGGAUAGGAUGGAGUUGUGUUUGCAAGAUUUUGCAGCCCUAAAAACAGGAUGCAAAAACAAAAACAGCAUGAAGGCAGCGUGAUUGGACAAAAAACAUUGUAUAUUAUAUGUGAAGAGUAUGCUGCCCUAAAAUGCUAAUUAUGUACUGCUUGUACAAAAAAGCAGCAGAUGUGACCAGAGACAGGAAGUAGUUUUACACUGAAAUAGUGAAAGAUAAAGUACAAAAUUGAGGACAGGAAAGGAAAAAUUCUGGUUGUUUUUCUUACUGACGAUGAAAAUGUUUUAGAUUGGGCAAAGCCAUUUCUUGUCCAGCUUGACUCUGAAUCCUGUUUUGACAUACUGUAUAUAAUCCCUAAUUCAGAAGCUUAUUUGAGGAAGUCUUAUGAGACUGUGGAGCAUGUGGUAGGAUUUCUACAGUGCCUGCAGCUGUGCCUAUGAGGGUGCCUCAAUUGUUCCAGAGGUUAAUUACAUCAGAACACCCCCAUUUUUCAUCAUGGCAAGCCUUAACAAUCAAUCGGGGGGGACAACGAAGCUACCACUAGCUUUUACUAUUACCGUUUCAACUCCUUUCCAAUCCAAUGUGGUUUAUUAUUAAAUAAUUACUGACGUAAUUAAAACUUUUUUCAAUAGCCAUAUUAUAAAAAAGUAUAUACAUAUAUAUGAAUAUAUAUUUGUGUGUUUGUGUAGAUAUCUAGAUGAUUAUAUACUUUCUUAUAGAAAACUUUGAUGUUGACCAUUUUCUUCAGUGUUUUGAGAACACGUUGACACAUUUCAACAUUAAUAAUACUGCUGUCCGCUUGGUCUAGGUCCUAGGUCGAAGGACAACAAAUCCAAAUAAAUAAAAAAAAAAAGUUUAAAAAAAAAAAACCUUCCAAAGGGAAUUACCCUGGCCUGAAUGCAAUACCUUUCUUCCCACUCUUCAUUUCAGAAAAAAAUGGAAAAUGGCAAGAAAACCCUAAAACUUGAUAGGCAGGUUGACCAAAAAAAAAAAUACACAAAAACAUCAACAAUAAAAAUCGUGGCUCGUGAAAAAAAGUGACGUUUUUGACAGCUACGUCAGAUUCAGUUUUCUAGAUGUCAUGUUUCAGAUGCCAUGGCCCACUUCUUUGUUCUUUUGUCACUUACCAUUUCUUGAGUUGAGAAAAACAAUGUAUCUGUCAGCUAGUUACACCAUCAAAUUAGCCCCUACCAGGACAGGAGUGCUUGCAAUACGGGCUUGAUUCUGGCCUCAGAUUCCUCACCUUUGUGUUUGAUCUGUAAAUGGUUUUUUUUCCACAGUAAACAACUCUGAAAAAUAUGUGUCACAUUUCAACAUUUGUACAAUACACAGAAACUAAUGGGUAUACUAUCGAGCUUGAUGGCAACAGUGAUGUCAAAUAGGCACUUAGUAGGGACUGCAAACUGUCAAAAUCUGCUAAAUGUGAGUGUUUUUUUUUUUUUGGUGGAAGAAAAUAUUUUGACAUAAAGGGCAUACAUUGUUUUUGUUGUUUUUCAUUACUAUUGAUUUAUUGUAUUGUCUAUUUACAUCUAAUGACUAUCAAAUUCACAUGAUUUUUUUUUCUUUUUUUAAUGUAGUUUUUGGUAAAAACAAAAAAGGUAAAUACUGCUAGUGAGAUUUUAUAUUUUUACAUAUGUUGGUUUUAUUUUGCGUUUCUUUUUUAUUUAUGCGCCACUUAGUUUGGAUGUCUUUAAAUGGUGUUUUUUUUUUCUUUUUUUCUUUUCUUCUCCGUUUUGUGUGAUUUCAUAUGUCUUGAGAAUGUGGAGACAAAAGGCAUUUCAGUAUUUUUGAAUUGUUAAAAUCUAGUUUCAUAGAAGCGGAAGUAUCUGAUGUUAUAAAUUAUAUUUUAAUUCAUGUAAAUAGUUUAAAACAGAAGACUAUGGCUUCCUUUUAAACUGAAUACAUUUCUCUUCAGAGAUUGUUUACAUUAUGAAACUGUAGAGAUGUGCUCCUCAUAUACUGUAUAAAGUACAUUAUAUUCAUUGAUUUGCCUCCAAAAAAUAAAAUCCUAAUG